CCAGGAGACACCAGAGUGAACCAAAUGAUCGCGUUAGUUGCAGUUCAUCUUCUUUUCCAUAGGGAACACAAUCGCGUCGCUGAAGAACUUGCAUACUUAAAUUCGGAUUGGGAUGAUGAAAAGUUAUUCCUAGAAGCACGACGUAUAGUAAUUGCCGAAUUUCAGGUUAUAACCUACAAGGAGUUUUUACCAGCUGUUAUUGGACAUGAAAGUAUGGAGGAAUUUGGCUUAUAUUUGCAAGAAGGAUUAUCUUAUUCUUAUGAUUACGAUCACAAGGUAGACGUUUCGAUAUCGAAUGAAUUUGCUUCUGCAGCUUUCAGAUAUGGGCAUUCAAUAGUUGAAGGAUACUUAAAGGCAGGGAUCGAAGCUGGACUCCUGGGUUCUCUCUGCCACCCAAGCACCAGUAUAGGAAUUCCGGUUGCCAUUCCGCUGGACGAUAUCCGUUUUGCCGUAUACGCCUAA